AGAUGUUGAAAACAGAAUGAAAGUCAUUCAAGCCCAUUUAAUGAAAUGUUCUAAGGAUAGCGAGACAACUAAAUUGGUCAAGGAAUAUUUGAAAAAAAAAGAACCAGCAAGAAUAGAACGAGAAGGUCCAGUUAAAUACCUGUUUGCAUUCGAUGAAGCUCGUACGCUGGUUGGUAAGAAGGGUGGAAGUAAGAACGUUGGAAACAAUUCAUCAUUCUAUUAUAUUCGACGUGCUUUAAUUCACUUACCCAAAGUAUCAGGAAUUUUUGCGGUCUUUACGGACACACAUUCAAAUAUUUCGAUCUUUUCGCCUGCUUCUUACCUCGAUCCAUCCAAAAGAGUUGCAGAGGAAGAAGGGUUUCGCUUAUUCGCGCCAUUUUAUUUGUUAGACACUGUGGACAUGAAUGUUAAUUUUAAGGAAGUAAUGACAUUAAAGGAAUCAGAAGAUCCACGACAUUUCUUUCAGUAUGGAAGACCUUUGUGGGAUGCACUAUUAAUGCCUUCUAGUGACUUUAAAGGAAUGGAACCAGAACAUAUUAUCGAAUUGGCCAUGGAUAAGCUUAUUGGCGGACAAUUUUUCAGCGUUUGGAAGAAAGAAGUACAAAUUAAAAUAUUGGAUACUUUGGCUAUUCUAGGACCCC